AUGGGAAACACCACCAGCAUUGCCGCUGGACGUGACUGUCUGAUAUCCGCCGUUGGGGGUAAUGCGGCUUAUGUCGCGUUUCAGGAUCAGCUUCUUUACCAAGCUACAGCGGUCGAGCCAUAUAACUUGAAUAUCCCGGUCACCCCGGCGGCAGUCACGUACCCUCAAUCAGCGGACGAGAUAGCUUCUGUGCUCAAAUGUGCCACUGAGUUCGACUACAAGGUGCAGGCUCGCAGUGGAGGUCACAGUUUUGGCAAUUAUGGUAUGGCUCUGAUGAUACUGGUGGAGCUACCUGGCAUGCAAUCCACUGACUCAGUACCUUCUUUAGGCAUUGGAGGACAAAGCGGUGCCAUCGUGAUCGAUAUGAAGCACUUCUCGCAAUUCUCCAUGGACGAAUCGACCCACGUCGCUACCAUCGGUCCCGGAACCUCCCUCGGCGACCUCGACAUCGAGCUAUAUAAUUCAGGCAACAGAGCAAUGUCACACGGUAUUUGUCCGACUAUUCGGACAGGUGGCCACCUGACGAUAGGCGGAUUGGGUCCGACAGCGCGUCAGUGGGGUCUGGCGCUUGACCAUGUCGAGGAAGUCGAGGUGGUGUUGGCCAACUCGAGUAUUGUGCGGGCAUCGGAUACUCAGAACCAGGAUAUUUUCUUCGCUAUCAAAGGUGCUGCUGCUAGCUUCGGGAUCGUCACGGAGUUCAAAGUGCGCACGGAGGAGGCACCCGGGCUCGCUGUUCAGUAUUCGUUCACGUUCAACCUGGGAACUCCUCAUGAGAAGGCGAAGCUCGUCAAAGAUUGGCAGGCGUUCAUAGCCCAGGAGAACCUCACCUGGCAGUUUUACUCCAAUUUGAUCAUCUUCGACGGCCAGAUUAUCCUUGAGGGUAUCUUCUUCGGCUCCAAAGAGCAGUACGACGCGCUCGAGCUUGAGAAGAAAUUCCCCACAAGCGAGCCCGGUACCGUGCUAGUCCUGACGGACUGGCUGGGUAUGAUUGGUCAUGGCCUAGAAGAUACCAUUCUGAGACUGGUCGGAGACUCGCCGACCUGGUUCUAUGCCAAAUCCCUCGGAUUCACCCCGGACACGCUUGUUCCUGAUUCUGCUAUCGAGGAAUUCUUUGAUUACAUCCACAAGACCAACGCCGGCACCUUGGCCUGGUUUGUCACGCUCAGUCUGGAGGGUGGAGCCAUCAACGCCGUGCCUGAGGAUGCCACGGCCUAUGGUCACCGCGAUGUGCUUUUCUGGGUCCAAGUCUUCGUAGCCAACCCGCUUGGACCGAUCUCCCGGACCACAUACAAAUUCACCGAUGGUCUUUAUGAUAUUCUAGCUCAGGCUGUGCCAGAGAGCGCGGCACGCGCAUAUCUCGGUUGCCCAGAUCCUAGGAUGCCCGAUGCCCAGCAUGCAUACUGGCGUAGCAAUCUUCCAAGAUUGGAAGAGCUGAAGGAGGAAUUAGAUCCCAAGGACAUAUUCCAUAAUCCGCAAGGUGUUCAGGUUGCCUCCUGA